GUCACACCCGGCCUUCUUCAGUCACUGUUGACCUGCUACAUUUAGCUGCAUUGUUUUUGAAGUGUGUCUCUCGGUGGUAUUUGAGCCAUGAUGAAGGCCACUGACAGAAACGUGAUGCGGUUUCAUCUCCGGGUGAUUUACGGGAUAACUGUGAAGAGUUUUGAGAAGAGAAAAGACAGACUGUUUAUGAGCGGUGCAAAGGUUUUUGGUGUCCCUCUGGAGAAUUUGCCCAGGAGAUACAUCCCUGAGUUUGGACUGGUUCCCUGCUUUUUGGUGGAUGCUUGCUCAUUUCUGCUGGAGCGUGCUGGAACUGUAGGCCUGUUCAGAAAACCAGGCUCUCUUCCUCGCAUUAAGAUCAUCAGGGCCAAGCUGAACCGUGGAGAGGGGUGUCUGUCCACAUCUCUCCCCUACGAUGUGUCGACCCUCAUCAAGCAGUUCUGCAGGGAGCUGCCGGAGCCGCUGUUUCCCUCUGAGCUCCACGCAGCUCUGCUCAAAGCUCAGGCUCUGUCCGACCCUCAGGACCGGUCCGACCCUCAGAACUGGACUUCAGCCCUCCAGCUGCUGUCCUGCCUCCUGCCAGCCAGAAACGCCUCCUGUCUGCACUACCUGUUUGACUUCCUGUCCAAAAUCUCCCAAAGAUGCAGUGAAAACUUGAUGACCAGCUCCAACCUCGCCACAGUGUUUGCGCCGUGUCUUUUACCUCCUCCAAACAAGGCGGAAAUGUCCGAGGGACGACUUGAACUCCGAGUUCUGGUCCUUCGCACCUUCAUUGAAAAUCCGAACCUAUUCGGUGUGAUUCCUAAAUCUGUGAUGGACAGUAUGGAGUACUUGAUGAAUUUCCAUUUCAUCAAAGAUACAAAGAGAGGGCCUAGAAAGAGACACAGUUUGAAAGGAAUGCAUUCCGUUAAGACGGUGCCCUGGAUUAAAGGAAAGCCAAAGUUUGAGCCUCCAGUCGCUGAGCAGAAGCAAGAGUCCUCCUCAGGUGACAGACCGGCGAUCAGGAGAAGCCUCGGCCUGGAGACGUUCCCAAACGUGCAGCUGUUCAGGGCCUGCCUUCCCGGUGCAGACAAAGGUUUCAGUCCUGCAGCAGCUUUGUUGGAAAAUCCCCCCAAAACGGCUUCCAAGACCCCACGAAAAAAACUAGAAAGAUUCCCCCAAGGACCAGGUGAAAAGAGCUCUUCUGUGCCCACUGGUGUCAGGACACUGCAGCUCAUACAUUGGAAAAAACGCCAUUCAGUAAUAAGAAACAAAAAAAUAAUUCCCCCCUUUUUUGUCAUUUUUGUGAAGUGGGCUUUUAUUUUGAAGCCGGACGCGUCAUUUUUUUCUAGCUUUACAGUUAUUUCUCACAUCAGACAGGUUCUCCUACCAUCAAACACGAUGACAGAAAUGGGCUCUGCGGUACGGUUAUCGUUGCUCGGCCUCCUCCUGUGCCUGCAGGUCGGCCGGGCUCCAGCACGGAGCCCCCGCACGGUGGACCAGGUGUCUGAGGCCGACAUCCAGCGGCUCCUGCACGGCGUCAUGGAGCAGCUGGGCAUCGCUCGGCCCCGGGUGGAGUAUCCUGCUCAUCAGGCCACCAACAUCGUCGGGCCUCAGAGUAUACAGGGUGGUGCUCACGAGGGGCUGCAGCAUCUCGGCCCCUUUGGAAACAUCCCCAACAUUGUGGCCGAGCUGACAGGCGACAAUGUUCCCAAAGACUUCAGCGAGGACCAUGGAUACCCGGACCCUCCAAACCCCUGUCCCCUGGGGAAAACAGCGGCUGACGGCUGUUUGGAAAACGCUCCAGACACAGCUGAGUUCAGCAAAGAGUUUCAGAAACACCAGCACCUGUUUGACCCAGAGCACGACUACCCAGCUCUGGCUAAGUGGAACAAGGAGCUGUUGUACCAAAAGCUGAAGGGAGGACCUAAAAGAAGAAAAAGGAGCACCAACCCCUACUUAAUGGGCCAGAGGUUGGAGAACGUGGUCGCCAAAAAAUCUGUUCCUCACUUCUCCGAGGAGGAGGAGGACGUGGCACCGACCGUCUCUGUUGCCAGAUCCUAAAUCCAAAAAGCCUAUAAACUCCUGCACCUGCAACACUCACUGUAAUAUGGAAGUACGCUCUCAGAAUCAACUUUUUAACAUAUCUCAGCAAUCUGGUUAACAAACCGUGGAAAUGUGAGCUCCGAAAAUAAAAUGUCAUGUUUCCCCUACAAAGCAUAAACUUCAGAAAGCUUUGUUAAUGGAACCAAACGUUAAGGACUUGAAGUGAUCCGACAUCACGACGGAGAAUUGUCACUUCAAGACAGAGAAACUGCAACAUUUAACAGUAUAGAAAACUCUUGAACCCAGCUCUUUGGUAAACAUGUUGGUCAGACUGCGAAAUUUAGGGCUCAUGCUUGACUGUUGACCUUUUGGCUUUUAAGAAAGAACCUUAAAAAGAAAACAAGCACUGCUUUUCAUUAAGGCUGCUUCAGGAAGAAAAUAAACUCCUUCAAAAAGUAGGAAUUUCUGUUAUUAUAGAGAAGAAGAAGAAGAUAUCCUUUAGUAAUCCAAGGAGGGGUAACUCACUUUUACACUCUGUUAUUGAACAUGCUACACACACAGGCUGAAAGACACACACACAUGCACAAACAGGAUCCUCUGGACACUUUGGGAAUCACUGAUUCAUAAAGGAGUCUCUUCUAUAGCGACCAAUUUGAAGGCAUGUUGACUCUUCACCUUACUUUAGCUUCGACUGCUUGUUAACCAAAAUGCUAACAUACGAUGUGUUACAAACGUUGUCUGUCCGUGUACACCGUAUCCUGCUCUGUAUUAUAACAAGAGGUUGUAUAGAGAUAUAUUCAUUUAAAGGACUGUUGAAUGAGAAAGUUAUAUCCCCAACUGUACAUAUAUAAAUGAACUCACACUGAAGGUUAUUUUUCUUUUGUCUCGAUGCAAUCAGAUAAUCAACUCAUUACAUAUCAUAUUCUGUUCAUUUUGAAUUGAAGUAGCUUUGCUUCGUCAUAUUCAUAUAAGGGGGUGCGUGUGAGCUUCACCACUGUAGCAUGGUAACAUUAUUACAUUGUUAUUCCGUUCUAUUUGUCAUACUGCAGAGACUUACUGAAUCUGUAUUGGGUCGGAUCUUCUUAACGUAGAUGUUUGUGUAAAGUCAAAUAAAAGAUUUAGCUGCA